AAUUGAUAAACGCGACAGAUAAAACUUCAACAUUUCCAGAAGCUUCUGUAGCAAAACAGAAUCGAAUUGAUAAAUCCAAACAGUCAGUUGCCGUUGCUCCUACAAACUAACUGAGAACCAAUUUUCUGUCCCAAACAAGUAAUAAGUAACCUGAUCCAGCCACCAUGUGCAAUCCUUCGGUCGUACCGAGCAGUGCCACCACAGCAUCCUCCAUGGACCACAACAACGAUGGUGUUGCCAACAAAGAACUUGAACAACAAGUCAUGCCUCCAUCUGGAUUCGAACGAUACCGACGAUGGAUCGAAGGUGGAUUGCUGGCUUUGUCUGUCUGUUAUGGCUGUGUCUACCAUUGGAAUCCUCCCAUUCCUUUGCAUGAAAGUCUCUGUCAAGACCAACAAGACGGUUUUGUUCCCGGAAUGGAAUGUUACCGUCCUGAUUUGGUAGCCUACAAAGUGACAUCCUUUCUGGCCAUGGCCACCAUGGGAUUCAUGGGAGCGUACCAUUGGCACUUUUCUUCCAACCAGCAACUGAAACACAUGAAAACGCCACAAGAUCGUCUCUUUGGACGUCUCCCAGCCGCCGAUUAUCUGAAUGUGGUGAUUUUCUGUUAUCAAGUCUGGGAUUUUGUCGUUUCCAUUACCAUUCCCGAACAUCUCGACCCCGUAUUCCUCCUCCAUCAUGUACUCGCCAUGAUUACCGCCUACUGUUCUUUGGAAUAUCAAAUGAUGCCCUACUAUUCCAUCUUUUACGGAGGUUGUUCCGAAGUCUCUUCGAUUUUUCUCAUUUUCAUUGAUCCGGUAGACUUUUUUCUACCCGGCAAUAACAGUAUGGUGGAUACAUGGGUGCUGGCUUGCCAAGGCAUGUUUGUUCUUUCCUUUACCGCCUAUCGCAUUGUGGGAUGGAUCUAUUACAGUUUCCCCUUGUGGAGGGAUUGUCGGCAUGUCAUGGCUACGGGACAAGCGGAACAACUGCGACCGGGCAAGACAUUUGUACUACGUCUCUUUCUGGGAUUGGACGUGGUACUGGGUUCGCUACAAUGCUUUUGGUUGUAUCAAAUCAUCAAACUGUUGGCGGGAAUGUUUUCGUAGAAGCCAGCCAGCCAUUUGAUGCGACAAGACGCACUGAGCAUGGCAUGGCACGAACAGUGAUUGCGUUGGAAGGGAAUCGAUCUCAAGUUAGUUAGCAUGCAGCUUUGCUUUGACCAGAUCUUGUCCUGUUAGACAGGAUGUUUUUGUUUUGUAAGCGUAGAAACAGCAGCGUUGGUCCUGAUGGUAUUUCCAUGAUCCCAAAGUCUUACACUUCUCAAGAGCCAACAUCAUAAUAAAUAAAUAGAUACUGUAGUGGCCAUCGGGAACGCUCCAUUUCAAU